AUAAUCGAGCUCCGGUGGUCUUGUGUGCGGAAACCGGAAACUAUUAGUCAGCUGCUGGGAAGCUGAAUGUGUUUAUCUCUAAAUAAGAUUCAUGGCUAAAGCCGUCAGUUGUUAAGGUGUUCAUUACUCGGCUGGAGUGGCAAGUUUCUGGAAACAGUUGAACGGCAGUUCUUUGGAAAAUCUUAUACAGACUGUGAAGAUGAAGUCUGCGUUUCUUCUCGAGGCCCUCUCUUUGGCUUGUUUUGUGCUUUUAAACCAAGUGACAGCGAAGAAUUCUGAAGACAUCCGUUGUAAAUGCAUCUGUCCGCCAUACAGAGAGUUUCCGGGGCAAAUCUACAAGCAAAAUGUCUCUCUCAAAGACUGUAACUGUCUCCAUGUUGUUGAACCCAUGCCUGUUGAGGGAAAAGAUGUGGAGGCGUACUGUUUACGCUGCGAGUGUAAAUAUGAAGAGAGGAGCUCAAGGACCAUUAAGGUUACCAUCAUAAUGUACCUCUCCAUUUUGGGCCUGCUGCUGCUCUACAUGGUCUACCUGACUCUCUUGGAGCCCAUGUUGAAGAGGCGUCUGUUUGGACAUUCACAGCUUAUCCAAAAUGAUGAUGAUGUUGGGGACCAGCAGCCUUUUGCCAACGCUCACAAUGUGUUGUCCCGUUCCCACUCUCGACCCAACAUGCUGAACAAAGUGGAGCAUGCCCAGCAGCGCUGGAGGAGGCAGGUCCAGGAACAGAGGAAGUCUGUGUUUGACCGUCAUGUUGUUCUCAGUUAAACUGCCCUGCGAGCAAGAGUUCCUGCUGGAGAAAAAAACAAACAAAAAAAACACUGUGACAGAGACCUCAAUUUAUAUUGCGUCCUUUCUCUCAUUUGCGGUUUGUAUCUCAUCAAGUGUUACACUUCACAGGUGAACGUAGUGAAGAAAUCUGGAUCUGAAGAGAAAUCUGAAUUCCCUGUAAAAUGUAUAAUCAAAACUGUGAGCUCUUAUUUAGUCUGCAGGCAACACAAGAGAUUACAAUUAAUUCAUUUUUGCACAAUCUCAAAUGAACAGUCUUAAAUCGCAUUUUUUUACAAAUGCAGAAUUUACUCUCUGCCUGCUGUCUAAUUUGCUGAAGUGCCAAGUCACCAGAGAAUUUGCAAUGAAGAAUUUGAUGUUAGAGACUAAUAAAUGUGAUAAUAAAAACAUAUUUCAAGUGAAUAUUUCAUAACAUUUUCAAACGUUUUCUGGCCACGGUCUCGGGUGGAGUCCUAUCUGUCCAAAGCUGUCUGUCACAUUUACAAGCCAAAAAGGCUUUCACAGUGAAACAUCCAGAUGUUGGUGAACUGGAUAACUGGCUCAGCCUCCUGGCUGCGGUGAGGAUCUGUUAACAUGUAGCAGGUGGCUAAUUUCCACCCCAAAACUGAUAUAACUCGAAACUACUGCUCUCACCACAGGGGAAAGGAAAACAGUGAACAAGUAUACAAUAUAAAUCUGUCAGCCUUCUUUGAAAGUGCAUGUUUUAUAAUGAAUCUUUUAUAAAUGUGAUUUGAAUCCUUUAUUCCUACGUCUGAUCACUGGUGUGAAAUCCAUCAUAUAGCACAUUACAUUAACUUUCAUAUUUCGAAGUAGUUUCACAAAACCUUGUUGCAGAAAUCGAUGCAAUCUGUUUGAUGCUCUUGUAAUCGUUGCGCUAUUGAUCCUCGUCUGUUGAAGAUCCUCUUGAAAUCGGUACACUCUUUAACUUCCUAAUCUAAUGAAUAGUCUUUUAUUUUGCCACUUCUAUGUGCUUGGUCUAAAAUCUGUUCCAUUACGAAGGUCUUUGUUGACUGUCAGGCAGCAGUAGUAUGAUAGAGUGGUGUUAUUCUGAUUGCAAACAGGUUUAUUUUUUGUAUAGGUGGGCUGUGUACAGACCUAUGAAAGUGUUCUUAACUAUUGUAUAUGUUAUACCUUUAACUUUGAAAUAAAUGUAUGUAUUAUU